GUGAGUCAGUAGAUACAAGCUCGGCUGAAGAGACACGAGGCACAAAUAUAUCGCUGUCUGAGACAUUACUUACAUCAUGGUUGCAAACAUCGGCGGAGAAAUUAAAUGUGUCGUCGUCGGCGAUGGAGGAGUCGGGAAAACUAGCAUGCUUCUCCGAUAUAUUGAUGGACGGUUCCUGGAAGAGUACAUACCUACCUGUUUUGACAGUUACGCUGUGUCCCUUGACCAUGGCGACCGGUACUAUCACCUCUGCCUUAUGGACACUGCCGGACAGGAAACGUAUGAUCGUCUGCGGACCUUGUCCUACUUCAACACUGACGUGUUUGUCGUCUGCUUCUCCGUGGCAAGUCAAGACUCAUUCACUAACGUCAGGACACGAUGGAUCCCAGAGCUGAAGGAAUUCAAACCCGGAACCCGCUUCAUCCUUGUCGGAACUCAAGCGGAUCUCAGGGACGAUGCUCAGUAUCCGGGUGAAUGCGUAUCCCUGAGCCAAGCCAAAAAGCUGGCCAGAAAGGUCGGCGCGGAAGCUUAUGUAGAGUGCUCGUCCCUGACAGGGGACGGUUUGAAGAACGUGUUCCAGGGGGCGCUCACAACGGCAGUGUGUCCGAAGAAGAAGAAGAAGUUUUGGAGAAGCUUCAAGCAGCUAUUCAAGAAGAACGAGAAGUGAGCGAGAAGAUGAAAUCUGUGGCACAAAAAAAACAUGGCGUCCAGAAUGUCAGAACUCUUCGUCCACUUUGCGCAGGCGCAUAUGGACAGGCAGCUCAACCAGAAGUGACCUCGAGCUUUUGAAUGACUGUUUUGCCAAAUUUCUUGUUUCACAUUGUUGUUGCACAUUGUUGUUUCUGUACAAAGUAUGUUGAAAUGGAUAGAAAUCUGGUUCAAGAAUGUGGGAGUGCUCACCCAAAGCAUGACGUGUCUGCAUCGAGGAGAGGACGUUGGUGCUUGUUAUUGUGUGAGAAUGUGCUGUUGUUGACUCAUCUGUGUGAUAGUCGCUGUUAACAAUGACCUCAAAAGUCACGUGACAGAAAUAAAAGUGCAGGACACUCCACAUCCUUCCGUGACAUCAAUGACCCACCACGGCUCCCUACAGAGAAUAGAAGUACAAAACUCCGAACACUGCCGAGGUCAACUGCCGCUACACACUCGUAAACGCUCCAUUCAAACUAACGUGUCACGUCAAGAGAGGAACGAUUCAACUAGUUUCAGAAUUGGCAGCCCUAAAACAUUCUAGCAUAGAAAAAUACGACUCCUUUAACUCAAAAUAUUGCCGUUUGAAAUAACCUGUUUAUUUGUUUGUUAACAUUCGUUACAUGCUUGAGAAGAUGUGAUUUAAUUUAUGCCAUCCUUGUUUUCGUUUUGAGGUUGACCAAUUGUUUCGUAUCUUCAUGUUCUUAGUGCUCGUGUUUCACACUGAACCACACCACAAAUAUUUACAGUGCACACAAUGCAGUUAAUACAUUCCAUAAACCUUAAAACAUUAUUUGACCAAA